AUAUUGCCAGCUAAAGGAAUUUCUUAAUUAAAGCCAGUCAUCAUUCAGAGAUCUCUUCAGGUCACUUAAUGCCCAAGAUACAGUGUUUGCAGUUUUGCAAAAAAUUUAGAGCUGGUGUCACUGGCAAGAAUUAGAGCAAACGGUUCAGACUAGACAUCGACAGAGAUGUCUUCUAUGCCUAAAAAUACUGAGGAUAAUGAUCAUGCCAGCCACUCUCAACAACAACACCUUCAUGCCCAUUUUCAAUUACCUGCCUCAGAAGAUGAUCUGAAUGCUCAUGACUCAAAGAUCCUACUGGAGCCAAUAGAUGAUGAAAAGUUUAAUGUCAGGCUAGGAUUUCUACAAUAUAAACAUGUUUAUGAAGUGCGUUUUAACUUACCAGAUGAUGUUGGGGAUGAACUGACGUCAGAUCCCUUGCAGAACCUUAACGUUAAAAUAGAAUCAACAGAACCUUUAAAAGAAGGCAAGGGUCAUACUAUUGUGUUAACAUUUAGGGCUGUGAAAGAAAAGAUCAUGCAGGAGAGCAUAACUCUUCAAAGUAAAAGUGACCCUAGGAAGGUCAUCCUCCUUGUCUUACAUGCUCGUGUACUAGGUAAAGGCAAAGGAACACCCUCGCUGAAGAAGGGUAUACACUGUGUGAGGAUAGAGUGGGAUGAAGAAUCUGAUGCUAGCGACUGUUUCAAGUGCAUCCUAUCUUGAUGGUCAUUUUGGUCAGUAAACUGGUGCUCAGGACUGAACGAGGUUUUUAUGUGAUGGUAUCAAUUGUUUGCUGUGAAGUUAGGUAAGAUGCUCAACAUCAAAGAGUCCAAUUUGUUUUUUGAAACUUUUACUUGAGUUUGACAUUGAGAUUUUAUCUUCUGCAAACUAGAAUCACCAUGGACACUAUUUUAUAUGUUGUAUUUAUUAUCAAUUACUUUUAUUUAAAAAGAAGUAAUAACAACAUCAAUGUAUUAAUAAUUUGCAUUCAAUUUUAAGAAAUGUAAUCUUAAGCAUGAUAAUAAAUUUCUUUUAUUUUUGUCUUUUAAAGUAGUGAAAUAUUAUUAGUUACGUAAACAAUUUCAUUGUAUUCAGAGUCCAAAGCUUUAACAUAUUUUCUAUCUUAAGUAUUUGUUGCUGUUAUAAACGUACAAUUAGAACUUUGUUUUGUUGUCCUUUGAUUGGUUCAUAUCUUGACCUUCAGUUCUUUUUUUUUUUAAACACAUCUUUGUUUUUUUAUUUUUAUUACUUUUUUUAAUUUUUAUUUUUCAUUCCAUGAGUCUGUAUCAGUUGAAUUGAUGACUUUCAUGACACAUUGUUUAGAGAAGUUAAGAUUGAAAGUUUUCAUCAGACCUGCCGCCAGAUUAUAUACAAUAGUUCAUGAAGGAAAGUCACCAGAGUUUGUCUCUACAUUGAUUGGAAUAAUGUCAGUAAACUCUAGGGCUCUCAAUAGUGUGUCAUUAUGUGAGAGGUAGAAAAGUGUUUUAUACUGCUGCUUUGUUUCUUCUUGUUUUUGUUUUUUUUUAAGGACAAAAAUGAAUGUCUAAUAUUUAAUUAAGUCUCAAGAGGCAAUGGCUGGCCCUUACAGCUGUUCAUGUGGCCUUGUAGAGCUGAUUCUAUUGAUUGGUCUAACUUUUAGAACAUGUGUAAUUAGAUUUUUUUUUCUCAACUCUCGUGAGACAUGAUGUCAUUUUUUGUUUGAUAUCUCAUUAAGUCUGGACUAAUUUCAUACACAAAUACUUUGUACAUUUUUGAUUGCCGAAUCUCCAAAUGACCUCAGAUUUUAUGACAUGAUCAUUUUGUAACACCACCAUUUAAUAAAUAUUUUUAUUUCAAGAAUUUCUAA